AUGGUGCAUAAAGGCAUGACUCUGGGGUGCGGCGCCGACGUGCGCUCGAUUGGUCGGGCCGAGCUGGGCUCCCCCUCCUCGGAGCGAGCCCAGUCGUUCGAGUCGUUCGCCGGGCUGUGUUUGGCUAUCGUCAGCCCGUCCUUUGUGCGUUGUGGUACUAGUAAAUGGAUCCCAUUGCGGCCGCCCACCUGACGAUACAUACCACGUUAUACACGCCGAGAGGGGCAUGUAUCUGCACGGCAGCCCAAGGGUGGACUCCCGCAUGCUCUCCCGUCCACAAAAAAGAAGACGGUACAAAGGACAAGAAUUAACCGCGGGGAGGAGGACAUGGCCAUGCCAUUGGAGAGAGGCCGCGAGUUUGGGGUAUGGCACGUGUCAGG